GCGGGCGGGCGGGAGGCGACAUGGGGAAAAUCCAGUCCCGGCACGCCGCUGCAGCCUUCAAGCGAAGAGAGAGCCCGGAAGGGGACAGUAUCGUGGUGUCUGCGUACAUGGGCGGCCGCAGAGGCGCAGAGGAGGCGGAGCGGCGGGGCUGCGCGGAGCACGGAGCCAGGGACAAGCAGGAGCUGCCGGGCGGGGACCCCAGGGAAGGGCCUUUCCGCGAUGACCAGUGUCCCUUCGAGGUGGUGCUGCCUCCUGAGAAGGCCGAGGCCCGCGAGGGGCCAGGACAGCUCUUCUGCGUGGAUGAUGGAGAGAGAGCGGCUGGCCGCGAGGGCGCCCGCGGGCUGGGCAAGCGGCGCCUGAACGUGGACGCAGUCCAGUGUGACGUGUCAGUGGAGGAGGACAAUCACCAGGAGUGGACGUUCACGCUCUAUGGCUUCGACAACAGUGGGAAGGCCACCAGAGAGGACAUGUCUAGCCUGAUGCACACCAUCUAUGAAGUCGUUGACGCUUCAGUCCACCACUGCUCGGGCAGCAGCAAGACUCUCCGUGUGAAGCUGACCGUCAGCCCCGAGCCGUCCAGCAAGAGGAAGGACGGGCCCCCUGCUGCCCAGGGUGAGGGCCUGGGCUUCCGGGCCCCAGCGGCUCCCCGCUCAGACCGCGAGCCCAGUCGCUGCAGGACGGAGGCGGAGCUCAGUGAGGACCCCAGGGUGGCUGACAGGAGGCUAUCCGCACAUGUCCGGAGGCCCAACGCCGACCCCCACCCCUGCUCGGAGCGGGGUCCCUACUGCGUGGACGAAAACACGGAGCGGAGGAACCACUACCUGGACCUGGCCGGAAUCGAGAACUACGCGUCCAAGUUCGGGCCAGGGUCCCCCCCGACGCAAGUCCGGCCGGAGCCCCCCACCAGGGCCUCACACCCACAGGGCCGGUCCCGCUCACAGGAGUCAGACGUGCACGCCGCCCACCAUCGCCGCUGCCCGGGGCUGGCCGAGCUCGCCCUGCCGGCCCCUGAGCUGCUGCCCCGGGCCCUGGACCUGCCGCCCCGGCCAAAGGGCCCCGAGCGGCCGUUCCUGAGGUCCCCCCAGGGCUCGGGCCGGCCCCCCGGCGUGCCCAGCGGGCUCAGGCCCGGGCGGUCCUUCAGCUUCCACCCGCCCGCCCCACUGCCGCAGGCACCCCCGGAGGCCCACCCCCUCCCGCAGCCGCCGCCCCCGCCCUACGGCCACCGGCGGUGCCGGCAGCGGGCGCGGGAGGGCCACUCGCCGCUGAAGGCCGCGCCGGGCCCGCCGGCGGCGCUGGAGCAGGAGCUGCCGCCCGCGCUCCUGGGCGAGGCCUUCGCGGGGCCGGCGGUGCAGCGGCACGAGCACCACCACCACCACGAGCACCACCACCACCAUCACCACCACCACCACCCUGCCUAGCGCCCGGCCCCGCCC